GAAAAAUUAAAAUAAUUGAAAUUAAACUUGCUUGUUGUGUGUUUGUAUUGGAAUCAAAAGACUAAUCAGGAGAACUGACAAAUAUUGCUUAUAUUAUUGAAAAAGUGAAUCGUGAAACGUGAAUCAAUUAAUUUGCUGUGUAAAUAGCCAGAUAUUGCUGAAUCACAGGAAAAUUUAACAAGAUGUCUCGUCAAAAAGACAAGAUGCGUCAGGGAAAGAAUAAUGGAGAUAGGAAAGGAGAGCUCUUUUUAAAAGAGCGUUGGGAACUAUCACUUCUCGAGGGCGUUUUUCUGCUUUACUUGCUUCAUUGAGAAACUUCUUUAUUGAUAUUUGUUUUUUUGGUUUGAGAUUUGUCAUCUCAAUGUCGGCUGCUUGUGAAACAUCUUCACUGAAAAUUUCCUCAAUAUUGAGAAUUGUCACUGAAGAUGAAUGUUGUUGUUGAGAACUAUUAAGUCCAUGCUGAUUUUGAGAAAGAUUUUCUUCGUUGUUGGUAGUUUUUGGUGAUGCUACCAUUUUGAUGUUUUGAGAAUCAAACUGAGAUUUUGAAACUUUUUGCAAACAAAAAGCUUCUCAGGUAGUCUCUGUUUUGUUUCUUUUGAGAUUUUUGAAUAAUUUGCGGAGCGAUUUGUAAACACGUCUAUUCACGUUGAGAUCUAGUUUGCAACUGAAUAAUUUUAAUAUUUCAUGUGGGAGGCACAGAUCGUAAAUCCACGAUUGGAAAUGCAAGAGAGAAAUCCUCAACCAACUGCAAGCCUUGAGGAUGAUUUACAAAAAUUACAAUAUGAAUUUAAAGAGUUGAAGGAAAUCCAUUUUGAAUUGAAAGAAAAAGUUGAAGAAAGUGAUGAAAUUUUUAAUGAUUUGGAAUCCACGCAUGACGAUUUAAAAAGAUUGAUUGAUUGAUUGACUUUUAUUGGCCCAUUCGGGCAGAAAAGCUUAAAAGCUAGUGAUAUAAAAAUAUAAAAAUAUUAUGAUAAUUAGGAAACUUUAGGAUACAAGUAAUAGUUUAAGUAACAAUGAUAAUUAAGUUUUACACUUUUAAGUGUUUGUGAUGUUAAGUUAAAUAGUGUACGCACGCGUACAAUUGGUAAGUAUCAAGUUUCAAUUUCUAUAUAAUUAAAUUGUGAAAAAAAAAAAAACAUUUCAAAAGAACUUCAAACAGCUCAUUAAAAUUUGAAAUUUCGUAUCUCAUUUUAACAUCUCAAGGAUUACGCUGAUUAAACAUGUUGUUUACGUCUAGUUGAUUACCCCUCAGGAAAAUUAAUUUAUUCUCCAGCAGCUGAUUGAAAACUUUUGGACCAACACAGAUGAGAUCAUUGGCAAGUACUUUUCGGAAUCUUGGAAAUUUCAACUGUCCUUUUCGACGGCCAUCCAAAAUCACUUCAAAUUCGUCAUUAUUCGUUAGGAUGUACUUUUUAGUCAACAGCAUUGAAAAUCUUCGCUCAAGUCCAUAUGCUGUUUUUAACGCUUUAUUUUGGAUAGUCUGCAGUCUGUUGAUAUCUCCAGCACUCAUUCGACAUACUAAGAAACCGUUACAAAACAUAUGAGAGCCUAUGAAGGCAUUGUAGAAUUGCAUAAGUGAAUAAGAUGCACCUGGAAUGUCUUCUAAAUUAUCACAAGUCGUAGAGCAUCAGUACAAAUAACAAUGGACCUAGACAGCUACCUUGAGGAAUCCCAAAAAGAAUUUCCAUGAUUUCGCUCAAUUUAUCCAUGAUCUUUACAUAUUGCUGCCUGUUGGU